UACUAAUAGAUUUGUUUCGUCUCUAUUAGCCUACUAUUACUUCUUAAUUUGGUGAUAAAGACCAAGACCCGCUUAUUGAAGUUCUCAAAAUACUUAGUGCUUUCUCACAGGGUUAAACUGACAGAUGCAUUUUCUCAUUUAGUUAAGCAAACGUUCCAUCAAACGAAGAAGUCACUUUUGUCGAUGUGCUUCACCGCAGGGAGGAAGGCGGGCGCGCGCACUGAAUGCUGUCUGGUUUUGCUGUUCGAGGACGGGAAGAAAAAAAAAAACAACGCCACGCGCGCUUUCUCCAGUGCAGACAGCGGCGGAUCGGGCGCCUCGGAUGAACUCGGGGAAUGGUUGAUGCGCGAGACCUAGGCCAGCCACGUAGCGAUGGCUUGUAAACUAGAAAAGCGGUGAGCUCUCGGACCGUCUAGAAGCAAUUACCAGAGCGAUUUACGAUAGUUCGUCUGCGCGUGCAUGCGACUGUUCGCUGUUCGUAAAAACUCACGGUGGCCGCCGAAGAAUAGUUUAUCUGAAGCAAAUCGGUGUUUUUUUGUUGUUGUAGAUUUGUGUUUUAUCCGAUCCCUACACUACACAACUUGAGGUGCACAGGAUGAGGGAGAGGGCGCUCGUGUCUCGGGUGUCUGGCUGCAUGGUGCUGAUUCGGAGCCGCUGGUAAUGACUGCAAGAUCUAAGCUUCGGAGUUCAGCGGUGCAGAGCCACCAUCACAUCACUGACUGAAAGGAGGCGGCUUUUGUGUCUGAAUCAGAAGAGAUUGCAAAUGAGGUGCCGCUAUUGUCUUUCCAAGUGAAACCGAGAUGCUGUUGAGAGAGUGAAGUUUGGAUCUAAAGCUAGGACAACUUUCAUUUGUAUCAGGAUGAAAUAUGUGCAUGUAGUUGCACAGUGAGGCAGACUUCAUUGAACGUAAUGGAGGCUCAGUUUGGCCUAGGCUAAGGCAUCUCUGAUCUUCACUCCUCCUUUACACUCUCUUGCCCUCCUCUCAUUCUCUCGAGAGGAGGGGUACAUUAUCUCCUGUACCACCCUUGACAGCAAACAGUGGUAAAUUUCGAACGUAAAGAGGCAAACACUCUUCAAGCAAGCAAUCGGCUGCCGAUGAAGUCCCGCCAGACAUUGAAGGAGGAGGUGUCCGGCUCAGAGACGAUGUCGCAAGAGGAGGGCCAAAUGACUCAAUCCUCCCAAACGUACUUCCACAACGCCUCCGCUCCCGAUGCAGAGCUAUCGGCGAAACUGUACAAGCGAGAAACUGCGGCCAAACCUUACACUGUGGUCAUUGACAACACGGCUGCGAGGCCAGAAUCGCAUAUGUCCUCAGACCUGAAUACCCAUCCUGCCCCGACUCAAGCGUUUUACCGGGAAGGGUCCGGAGCAGCUGUGACGAAGAGUGGGAAUGGAGGGACGUCAGAAGAUUCUGAAGCUGAAGAGGAAGCCGGGGCAGAGGACGAAUUUAAACGAGGGCAGAUCAUCGUAGAGGUCAACCUCAAUAAUCAGACUCUGCACGUAUCCAAAGGAGAUGAUGCGGAAAAUACGAACACUGCAGGAGAUGACAAGAGCAAUAGUGAGGAGGAAGAAGAUGAUGAUGAGGAGGAGGAGGAAGAGGAGGAGGAAGAAGAAGAAGAUGAUAGCAUUGAAGAAGACUACAGCGAUGAGGAUGAUCAAGAUGAAGAGGAGGAGAACAACAAUCGGCGAACAAGAGCGCAACGGGCACACAGGGGUAGAUCGGCUUCUUCGCCGCGUCGCAAGAGUCGUCGUGUAGCCCCUUCGCCGACAGGAAACGUAACCACAACGAACGCCGGUGUGACAACCAGGGGGCGGAGGAAGAAUGCAAACUCCACGCGCCAAAAGCGCAGACCUGCCAAGGAGGCCAAAGGCUCCACCGCCUCUGCCUCUGGAGCCAAGGACGAGGGUGAGGAGAAAGAGACGCUAGUGUGUGAAAAAUGUCCACGUGUGUUCAACACCCGCUGGUACCUGGAGAAGCACAUGAAUGUGACGCACAGACGCAUGCAGAUCUGCGACAAGUGCGGAAAGAAGUUCGUGCUGGAGAGUGAACUGGCUCUUCACCAGCAGACGGACUGCGAGAAGAACAUCCAGUGUGUGUCUUGUAAUAAGUCCUUUAAGAAGCUGUGGUCCCUCCACGAGCAUAUUAAGAUUGUCCAUGGAUUUGCAGAGAAGAAAUUUGCCUGUGACAUUUGUGAGAAGAAGUUCUACACCAUGGCCCAUGUCCGUAAGCACAUGGUCGCUCACACAAAGGACAUGCCAUUUACCUGUGAAACCUGUGGAAAAUCUUUUAAACGCAGCAUGUCUCUGAAAGUGCAUUCACUGCAGCAUUCAGGAGAGAAGCCCUUCCGCUGUGAGAACUGCGACGAGAGGUUCCAGUACAAAUACCAGCUGCGGUCUCAUAUGAGCAUUCACAUAGGACACAAGCAGUUCAUGUGCCAGUGGUGUGGCAAAGACUUCAACAUGAAGCAGUAUUUCGAUGAGCACAUGAAGACACACACAGGUGAGAAGCCAUUCAUCUGUGAGAUCUGUGGGAAGAGUUUCACCAGUCGGCCCAAUAUGAAGCGGCACCGGCGCACACACACCGGGGAAAAGCCGUACCCUUGCGAAAUCUGCGGCCAGCGUUUCCGCUUUUCCAACAUGCUUAAGGCGCACCGAGAGAAGUGUUUCCGGGUCACCAGUCCAGUGACCCUUCAGCCUGCCAGCAUGGGGCUUUCCAUUCACCUUACCGGCCACACCCCGUCUUCAAGCCACACCCCUACACCAACCCAGCCCACUCAGUCGACGCCCGUGGGCCCCGUAAUGGUCAAUCCUGCCACGGGAGGGCCUCUGCCGCAACGUGCGGUCACCGUUCAUGGCUUCUCUCAUUUGCACAUGCAGACCGUGCCCGCACAACAUCACCCUGCCCACCAUCACACAGGACACGCCCCCAUGACCAGCCACGCCCCUCAGCCAAUCUCAGUGCAGCCUUCUGUCCUGCCUCCUCCCCCCGCCCUCUUUAAGAGCGAGCCAAUAAACCACUGCGCCCACGAGGACGCCUACCUGCGACAGGGCGCCGCUCCGCAACACCACUGAAACGCUCUCUCGAACACAAACUCACUAAUGUGAAAUCAGGUGCUUGCUGGAGAAUAGGGCGGUGAAAUGCAACAUGUAUGUAUGUGUGUGUGUGUGUGUGUGUGUGACAGAAAACUGAAACUACAAACCUAAUUGCCACUAGCACUCGUGACCAAACAGGAUUGUUAGACAACUUCUCUGUGAACUCAAGAAUUUCAUAAAGCAUUACUAGGAUUCACUUCACAUCACUUCAAACUCGUGUCACAAUGAUCAAGAUGCCAUUGGGGUUUCAAUGGCACAACACGUUUCUUUUUCUCUGCCUCUUUAUCGACUCAGCUGCUUUUGCAAAGGUUCUACGGGUUCAAACGUCCACAAGUUAAAGGUCUACAUUUCACAAAUGCAGUGUCUUUAGAAAUGCAGGUCUUCCCGACAACUGAAAAUAUUGAUAUUCUAGUGCACAAGUCGUCACACAAACAUAGUAUACAGCACUUAAGCAGUAAACUCAGUGUAGUCUAUAUGACUGAAACUUUUCUGUUGCCUGAUUGUGAUUGUCAAUGAUUUUAUUAAAAUAUUGGAGUUUUCUUUUUUCUUUUUUUUUCUUUUUAUUAUUCAAUAAAAAUAUGCUUACUGGGUAAUGCCUGUAGCUCUCCGGCGUGUUCAGUCGGAGGUUGAGACUGUUAAGGAAGACCGAUGCUGUGAUGUGUCAUAGGUAGAAUGCAACUAAUGGUGAACAAAAGAUCAUUAAUUAGUUUUACUGUAUGUUCCAUACAAUCUAACUCGCUUAACCAAUAUUUUUAUUUCUAUAAUGUAGAUAAACAUGCUCUGUGAGACUUUAAAAAUGAAAAACGUGUGUGUGUGUGUGUCUUUGUAGCUGAUCAUAUGCCUGUGGUGCUGGUAUCAAAAGCUGCUUUUUAGUUGAUCUGUCUUUUCCUGGUACAUGGUUCUUUAUCAUGCUGAUGAGUAGUGUGUGUUUGAGAGAGAGUGAGAGAGUGAGUGAGUGUUAAAAUGGUGACGUUAGGAGCAGCACAGAUAUAAUGAUGGGAAGUUUUGAGUCAAUCGGACUUGAUUGAUUGUGAAUUUUUUUUUGUCCUCUCUCAUUAGACCAUCUGUCCUCUGCACUUUACUGACAAGUAAAUGGUUUGCGUAACUGACAAAGAAUUGUUUAUCACGUGUCUGACACGUGAAAGAUGGCUGACUGUUGGAAAAUGGGGAGAAUCACAUGGGGAUUUGGUUGGGAUCCCUUGUUAUACAUCAAAUGAUUAGUUUGUCCUUUAAGAAGUUGUGUUUUGCCUUCAAGCCCUGCCCUCUUUAACUGAGGCUGUCAUCGGUUCAGAUGGCUGUCAAUCGUGUCCUUUUUUUUAACUGUGUGUUUUGGGCUACUUGGAUUCUCUCCAUUCUCCGUCAGUUGAUGGAAUGCACUUUCUAAUAAAACCUUACUAGAUAAGAAAAAUAAGCAGACGAUAAUAAUGUCUAUUCUUGUGAGGUGUUUUUAAUCAAAUCUCUUCUCAGCUAGUCUGUUUCAACCUGUCUAUCCUCUCAAUUUCAGCAGUUUUAUUCUUAGCCUUGUGUCUGGCACAGAAAAGUCUGACCUUCAUUAAGUUCUGUUUUAUAUUGUUUUCUUGUUUUUGAGACACCAUGUUUGACCUGCAUUAAUGUUGGGCCUUUUUUAUAUUGUGCAUUUAACACUUUCUGCUAACUUUAAACUAGUAAAAAAAAAAAUGAAUUAGCCACAAGCCACUUG